ACAUCACGUACCAACAUGGCGCCGCACGGAAGUCUGGGACGAAGCAGGAGAACAAUUUCUGCCCUUUUCCUGCUUGUUUUGCUCCAGCUCUUCGUUACAAGCUGCCUGUCCGCCCCGGCACCGACACCAAGUACGGAGGGAGUUGUCGUGACCACAUCUCAAAGUUCGAACUCCACCAUCCAGAAGCAAGAUUUGAGUCAUACAGACGCCGGAGCAUCUCAACCAGAUACUCCCUCAGGGGCAGCAAAAGCACUUCUACCAGAUAGUCCUGCUCCGGAACCUCAACCAAAUAAUAUUGCUCCAGCACCUCAACCAAAUAAUCCUCCUCCGCCAUCUCAACCAGAUGGCCCUGCUCUGGAACCUCAGAAGAAACCCACAAACGCUGCUGUCCCUACCAAUGCAUCAGUGACAAAGCCAUCCACUGGGGACCUCACCAGUUCUUCAGUCGUUGCCUUUGAUUCGUCUGAUCAAAGUAAUGCCAGUAAAGGGGAGGCUACAGAUAACACCAGCAAUAAUCUUCUCAACCAACCAACUGCUCCCAAAACCAGCACAACUAAAGCUCCCACCACCACCCCCACCACCACCACCGCUGUCAAAGCCCCUGAACCAUCAAAAUCUGAGGAGGAAACAGAGGACUCGUUUAAAGACGAUACAGUGACGCCACUCAAUUCAGUAGUGCUCCAGUCCACCGAGAAAGCAGCACCUGUCAGUCCAGGAAGCUAUUCAGACUUGGAGGAGGAGGAGGAAGAGGGGGAUGACGAAGAGGAUGAUGACGAGGAGUCCUACGACGACACAGUGGUGUUUGAAAAGAAUACCUUUGGCAAAGAUCGUAUUGAGGACAAACCGCAGCCUGCCGACGAAGUGGACAACUUCCCCUACCAGAAAGAUAACUACAGCACGGAGGAUCAGGACUCCCACUUCUUCAUUCAUCUGGUGAUUCUGGCCUUCCUGGUGGCCAUCGCCUACAUCACCUACCACAACAAGAGGAAGAUCUUUCACCUGGCGCACAGCCGAUGGUGGAAGGAGGGUCUGUGCUCCAGAAACACAGUGGAGUAUCACCGCCUGGACCAGAAUGUCAACGAGGCCAUGCCGUCCCUCAAGAUGACCCGAGACUACAUCUUUUGAUCCGCACUGCGAAUGCCGACAGAUGGGAGCCCCGCGCCGAGCCCGUUGGCCCUCCUGCCCGAUCAUUCACGUCGUUGAGAUGCUUUGCCAUCGAGCUUGAUUGAUGCGAAAACUGGAAAGCAGGAGAGCUUGCGUCUGUGGGAUAGAAUCAUGUCUCUUCAGGACUUUUUGUUGUCAGCAUUAAGAUUUUUCUUUUUCUACAUUCAUUGUUAUAUUUAAUACUACUUCCCAUUUAUCUCAAUGAAUAACAAGGCAGGGUUUAACACUUUGAUCCGUUUGACGUUUUUCAGCCUUUAGGUCUUUUUGGUUUCCAUCCUGCACACCGUCUUAAUGUUUUGAGCACUCAUUUUAUAAGUUGAAUGAAUCAAACGUUAUUAGGAAUGACGGUGGUAAAUUCUCUGCGUUUUGUCAUGAAUCAAUCACUGUAUAUAUACUUUAUAUUCUGAGAGUAGACAAACCAAACUGCAAUCUCAAGGAUGAGACACACACACACACACACACACACACACACACACACAUGUGGAGUCAUUCCAAAAAUUCAUAAUAAUUAAUUCAACCAUAAAAAAAGCAAGACAUGACUUGUUUAUGUAUAAAA